AUGGCUUCUGCCACGCGCUCUCCUUCACCCACAAGCGACGCGUCCCCGCCAGGCUCGCCACAGCUCUCUCCCAGAUCAAAACUUAGAGCAGAACUCGCGGCCUUGGACGAGAGCUCAGACGAGGAUACGGCGCCAAUCGAUAGAAAGGCACUCUUCAAAUCGACAAAAGACAUAAUUACCAAGGCCGAUGAGCCUGUGCAGAAAGACAUUACCAACGCGAAGCAAUCAGCAGACGAUGACGAUGAAGACGACGACGAUGAUGAUGAUGACGAGAUUGUGCGUCCACGAGGGCGAUUGGCAGCUCGUAUGCAAGCGGGCAACAGCAAAAUCCAGACCAGCGCCCCAGCCCCAGCUCCAGUCCCAGAGACAGAGCGAAUCCAGUCACAACAAGACAACAUUGUGGACGCCAAUUCCGAGGAUGAGGAGACAGAUGCCGUACAACGCAGGCGGAGAAUACGAUCUGCACGUGAGAGCACACCAGAAGUACGUGCAAGCCGUGAAGCUAGCCCCGCAUCGCCAGGCCUCUUUGUGACACCCAACAAAUCACAACAUUCGGAGGCUGGGUCAGAUAGCGAGGACGGCUUGACAUCCAACCUGGCUCAAAACGCGCGCUUCCAAGCUCUUGUUGCUCGAAAGCGCGAGGAGAGGCUCGCGAGAGAGGCGGAAGAGAAGAAGAAGCGUGAAGAAAGGAUAGCUCAACGCGUCGAAGUUUCUGAAGAGGAUGACGACGACGUGUCGGACAUUAGUGACGACGAUGGCGGCCGAAAGCUCACACAAGAAGUCUCCUCGAGGCCUGCUGUCAGAAAAGCUAGCAGGAAGGCCUUGGAGGAAAUGAACAGAGAGACGCAGCGGCUGAGCCGUAGUAUGCAGCUCGCCCACGAGGCCAAGACAAAAAAGAAGAUCAGCAAGGCGACUUUGUUUGAACGAUUCAACUUCAAACUGCCUGCCGCCUCAACACACACAGAGCUCGCACCAGCUGCGAGCUCAAGCAGGCCUGGAUCGCCCGCCUCGGUUCGCCAUACAGACACUGAAGCGGCAGAGAAGGAUACGCCACCAAGCUCUCCGCCUGUUGUGCUAAAGGAAACAACAACAAACAACCAUACACCCGAACUAUCUGGAGCACCAGAGCAGCAGAUGGUCGUGUUGGAGAAAGAAGAUGAGAGCGAGCUGCCAAGUCUGAAGGAUGUCGUUGUUGAAGCAAAGAAGCUGGACAAGGGCAAGGGCAUCGCUACUGCGGCGGAUCUCGAAUCGCCCAAGAAGAAGACGCCAGUACAACUCAAGCGUCAGGUCCGCGUCAAGUUCCUGACUGUGCAGACUAACCAAGUCAUCAUCGACGAAGAUGACGAGCUUCAAAUUGCGAAACCCAAGAAGCAGAGCAAGAUUGAUUCCUUAUUCAGCCGCGUCCCUGCGCAACAGAACAAGGAGGCUCGAUCCGUUCAGGUUUUCCGCCAAUUAGCUCAUCUCUCUUCACCUCCACAGGAUGCUCGUAAAAGAACUCAGAAACCCUCCAUGACCGUGGGCGAACUGCAGCUCACUCUACAGCAGCGUGCUCGCGCUCAAGCCAAAUCUGAGCGUGAUCGCCGCAUGGAAAUGCUCAAGGCCAAGGGUAUACAUGUCCAGACUGAAGAGGAGCGCGAAAAGGAGCGUGAGCAGGUCGAGGACAUUGUUGCUCGAGCCCGUUUGGAGGCCGAGGAGAUCAUGGCAAGAGAACGCGAGGACGCCAAAAAGGCCAAGAAGGAGAGGAAAGCCAAUGGAGAAGGAGAUCACCUUGACUGGGACGAUAGCGAUGAUGACAGCUUUGCUGGCAGCGAAGCCGGAGAGCUGCAGCCCAUUGAAGAUGGAGAAAUCGACUUUUCAGGCUCUGGCGAAGACGAAGACGAGGAUGAGGAUGAAGAAGUUGAUGACGAAGAAGAACCAGCCGGGGACUCCAUUUUUGAUGAGGCCGCCGAGGAAGCUGAUGAAUCUGGCGAUGAUGACACAACUGCAGAAGCGGCAGUCCUCGAUGACGACGAUGAGACAGACAAUGUCCGUCCCACGGCCUCGAGGUCUCGUCGAGGCAGAAAGAAUGUCCAAGUGCUCUCUGACGAUGAGGAGGAGCUUUCUAUUCAAGCUACACCCAAGCCUAGGAAGGUCUUGUUCAAGUCGCCGACCGGCCAAACAUCCGAAUCUCCCAAUGCUCCCACAUCCGUUCUCCGCUCCGCUACAAAGACCUUUAUUCCUGGUCUCCCGGUCCCUGCAGCCGGGCCUGCCGGCCUUGGCCUCACUCAGAUCUUUGCUGGGACCAUGGAUGACAGCCAAGCAGGCUCAAUGCCACUAAGUGCUGGAUCGCCCAUAGAGUUUAGGCCAACUUUUGAGAACUUCCCUGAUUCCCAAUUCUCUGCCACUGCAGGCGAAUCUCAGCCAGCAGAAGGCAGGAUUGUGGACAGUCAGGUCGAGACUCAGGGGGUUGAAUCACAAACCCAAGGUGUACAGCUUCACUUUGAGCAGAGCCAGAUGCACGGCUUCGAUUCACUAAUGCAACAAGAUGGCACACAAGCCUCAGAUAUGCUUGAGCUUACCCAAGAUGGCGGAUUCGGGGAUUACACGCCCUUGAAAAACCGCUUCGUUGACCCACCUCAAGGCACUGUAGAUACUGUUAUCCUGGAUGGAACUCCCAAGGCCAGCGUGGACGCAGAAGCAGUGAUUAUGGAUUCGCCGCUUGUGCAGAGACGUGGUAAAUUGAGACGAAGAGUGGAAGUCUCGCUCUCCGAGUCUACACUGCCACCUACGGAGGUUCCUAUGCCUCCGUCCGCCGGUACACCAAGCCAAGCUCUGACGGCUGAUAUACCCAGUCCCAGCAAAGAUGAGAGCUCUUCCGCUUUUAGGCUCAUGGCCAAGGCUGCGCGUCGCAGAAAGCGCGCUCAGGAAAAGUUUAACAAGAAGAAAAGCAAGGCAAGGGAAAUGGUGCACGGCGAGGCUGAGGAGUCUGAAGAUGAGUACGCUGGUCUCGGUGGUGCUGAUGGUGAAGACUCUUCAGAUGAGGACGAGGAUGAUCUCGCGGAACUGCGAAAACAAAUGAUCGACGAUGAGAGCAAGGGAUUGACCGAGGAGGAGGAAGGAAAGCUAGCUGCAUUCUAUGCUGACCGCGAGCGGGCAGCAGACAGCGCACAGGUGGAUAAGCUCUUCAAAGAUAUCACUACAGGCAUGUUGCGAAAACGUCGCCGUGGCGGUGGUGGAGGCAAUGGGGAUUUCGACCUGUCAGAUUCUGACGACGGAGGCGAGGCUCGACGUCGCAUGAAGCGCAAGCAGUUUGCAAAGAUGCAAAAGGCACUCUUCGCUGAUGAAAGAAUCGGCAAGAUUGCAGAGAACCCUCGUAAUGCUGCUUUCAUGAAGAGCAUCGAAGACUGGGGAAGCGAUGAGGACAUGGGCUUCGACGAGCCAUACUUCGAGCCCGAAGAGGAAAGCCAGAAUACCAACGAGACUGGCGCGAAGCAGGCUGUCGGCGAAAGCAUCCCCGACUCUCAACCUUCAGCUACUGCCGCGGCCAGUGCCAAUACAGGGAGGAAGCGAACUCGCAACGAGCCAUCUGAUCCCGGAAUGCGCCCUCCUCCCAAUCUGAGAAGAGUACGGGACGGUAUCAAGCCUGCCAGUAUAGCAGAUGUGAGACGCUCACUGUCGAGCCUGCUGGGCGAGCCCAACAUGUCAUCCGACUCCAUCAUUCCCGCCACAGACCCCAAUGGGUCUGAUAGCGAGGGUGAGCAAGAGGAAGCACCCCAAAAGUCUGGACGAGGCAACAAGGAGAACCGUCGGCCAGGAUCUGUGGCAGUUGUUGACCGCAUCUCGUUGAAGCGCUCCGGCUCUUCGAAUCUGAGCACGAGUUCCAAGCUGGCCUUUGCAGCACCGGCGUCCAGCUCGGGUAGUGGCGCUUUCAAAGUACCAGCACUUCUACGCCGUGCCACUACCAAUAGUCUAAUGUCUCAAACCUCGAAUUCGUCAACCUCAUCCACUGGCGUCACGACUGGCAAGGGCGCAACAGGACUGGGCGGCAUGGCGUCUAGCGCGUUCAGCGAGGAGGGCAAAUUGAAAAAGACGGCGGGCAAGCGAAGUGGCGUCAACUUCUUUGCAAGAGAGAACGAGAGGCGAGAGAAGCUCAAGGAGAGCGAGCGCAGGAGAGAGGAGAAGAAAUGGAAGGGUGCCAAGGGCCGGUCAGAGGCUGUUGGAGGCUUGUUCGGGGGUGGGCAAUUCGAGUAG